AUGGCCGCCAACGUUCGACGACGUUUCCCUGCGCUGACACAGCAAAGCUACCGCCGACCAUGCACGCCAAUCCCUUUUCAAUGGCCAGCACCGCGCACCUUCUCGGCAUGCUCACGACUACGGGAGGAUAUCAGCGAUAUGAAAGUCACGGAUCGCAUGACCAUGAAGGGUCGUAACGUGCUUGUAACUGGAGGCGGCAGAGGUAUUGGAUUCGCAAUCUGCAAAGCAGUCGCACAGAUGGGCGGCAACGUUGCAGUAAUCGACGCUCUUCCUGAGCCGAUCGAGGAGUUCCAUACCCUGGAGAAGAAAUACGGCACCAAAACGACCUUCCAGCAAGCAGACGUCACCUCGGAAGAGUCGUUGGGCUCGGCAGUGCAGGACGCUGUGAGCGCCUUCGGGGAGUUCCAUGGCUGUGUUCCUGCCGCCGGGAUUGCUUUGGACAAGCCUCUCGCACAGCACACGUGGGCCGAGUCUCAACGGGUGCUGAUGGUCAACACGAUGGGGACCUUCUGGACUGUGAAACUCGUCGCUGACAACAUGGCCAAGCAUGGGCAAGGUGGAUCGAUUGUCUUGAUUGCUUCUGUUGCUGCGCAAGGCAUCAAGGUGCCAGAGCAGAAUCUGUCGAUUUACAACAUGUCGAAAGCCGGCGUCAAAGGACUCGUCGGGCCGCUUGCCACGGAGCUGUCAGAAUCCAACAUCAGAGUCAACAGCAUCUCUCCUGGAGUCAUCCUCAGUCCCAUGACCCGGUCUCUGAAGACAGAGUACCCAAGCCUGGCACAGAUGUUCGAGAACGCGGCUCCGGUUGGAAGAAUGGGUGUGCCACAAGAUCUAACGCCUGCGAUCAUAUACCUGCUCAGCGAUGCAGGCUCGUUCACCACAGGAUCAGAUUUCCCCAUCACCGGGGGCUUGCAUGCUGGCGUGCGGCCGUCGUGGAUGCAUCGGGCUAUGCCAUAG